AUUCAGUUUUCGGUGUAAAGGAAAUAAAACUUUACCAUAUCUGUGACUGGAAGAACCGUAAACAUGGAAGGCAGCAAAGAAAUGAAAUGUUCUUGGGGUGCGAUUGUACUAACUUGUCGCAAAAGACAAAGUGCGUUUGCUUUUCAACGAGGUAAGACGAUAUUAAUUAUUCAACUUUUCUGUUUGUCGAACGUCGUUUAUUCUAGAGAAAAUAAGCCGCUGGUAGACGCGAAAAAGAUACGAAAGGCUUAUGAAAUGCGAACUGCCUCAGGGAAGCCAAACGCUUAUGAAUCGUUUUGGAAGGGAUUUGAACUGGAGAUAGAAGACGUUUGUCUGGCCGGUUUCAUUUGAAUGGAAGGCGAAAGUUGAGCUUUACGGCUUCGAUUGAUAGUCGACAAUAAUGGCAAAAAUUAAGGCGUGAUUGUCGCGUAACAGAUCCCGCGAGAGGGAAAUAGAUGGCCCUCGAAAAAUUGCGGUACUUUCAGUGUCGGCGGCUAAAGGUUAAUAUUUACCUCGCCUAGCCACCUCCGUUUCGGUGAAUAAUGAUGAUUUUAAACUCAUUUAUUGCUACCAAGGAUUAACGGCCGUCAUGUUUUCUUGCCAACAAAUACAACAUUUGAAGGAUUUGUUUAGCUUUUGCGGGGACAUUUCGUCCUAGGGAGUUGUGAAUUCUUCUGUCAUACCGUAUUUGAUUUAGUUUUAAGCUUAUUUAUGAAACGUGUCAGCUGAAUGAAGUAUCGCAAGACUUAAUUUGCAUGAAGUUGUAAACAAAAAACUUAUCCACCAGUUUCAUUGAUAAAUCAGGUUUAUAGACAAAGCUUUAACGGCAAAAACUGCCAAACCGUGUUUCGACGCCUUCUUUGUAAAUAAACUAGGAGUAAUCGGACCUUACGAGAGUGCGUUCGAUAUGUUUGUUAGGCAGGAAGGAGUUGAUGGGGAAGGGUGGAUGGUUCUUGCGAUAGACAACUAUGAUUAUGGUAUAUUUUGAACGCGGUUGCGUCCAGCGACACCUCUUUUCAAACUGUGUAUCAUUAUGAAAAGGUUUUGAAGGCUAGUGAUCAGAGUGAUAUCUUGGUUCGUCUCAAGUGCUUGUAAUCCACCAUCCAUCUUAAAGUCUCGGUGUGUUAUCUUGUAAUUACCUGAAGUGAAAAUUAAUGAACCAACUACCUACAUCAACAACAAUGGUUGUCUGGCACGCUUGACUAAUCUUGUUUUGCAGUUGACAAUCGAGUCAAGAGCAUAUUGAGUUAAUAUAUCGCUUAAGAAGUGCAUUGUUUUAAAUGCAUAUUGACAGUUAAUGAAUGAGGCUGAGUAUCUUAUGAAGUAUUAUGGAGAUCGAGGAGGGACUGUUAUCCGUCGAGGCCGUAGGCCAAGGCGGAUAACUUCCUCCGAGAUCUCCAUAAUUCUUCAUAUGAUACGAAAGCCAAAUUCAAUAACUGUUUUAUUAUUCAUUCAAAAUAAUUCCUAGUUUAAAAACAUAGCUAAAACAUGCUUACCUCCAUCGAUAACGAUCCAUCAAUGUUCAGUUCAUCUUCGAUAGUGUACGUUUAGCUUAAUCCAGCUCCGCAAAUAUUCUCCAAAUAGCAGAUGUUGCCCUUCGAGUUGUCCUCUUGCUGUUCUUGCCAUGUUUUUAGCUCUUUUUUCGCUUAGUUCUUACUCUUGAAACGAGUGAAAUGUCCGCCAUUUUUUCAAGUUCACAACCAAAACAACUCAACCUCGUCCCCAGGUCUUCUCGGUUAACGGUGCCUUAACCUGCGAAAACGCUGCAUUUUUGACGUCAUUUCCUCGUUAAAGUCAAAAUUCUUCAAAAUUUGGUCAUCAGUAACUGGUUAUGGUGAAUUAAACGUGUGCUUUUAGGCAAUCAGCAUCGGGGAAAUAUUUUGAAUGAAUAAAUAAAUGCUUUUAAUGUAUAUAUUGUAGAUAAUUUUCUAUCUCAGGAAACUAUUAUUUUUUCACGUUUUUGGGUAAGAUAUUAUGUACGCUAAUGAAUUUCAAACAAAGGAAAAACAAAAAUUACCUGAAAUAAAAAAAAUAGCUGCAACAUACAUCAAACAGUGAAUUCCUAAUUCCUUCAACUCCGGCCAUAUUAAUGUCCCAGUACCUUUUUUGCAAGAGGCCAUUUAAUAGAGUGAUCGAAUUAAAUUUUUUAGCUAAGAAUUUUCGGGUCAAAUUUUGCAGCAAAAAAGUCUAUUAUGUGGCAAACUGUGCCAUUUCCUCGGGGUAUAUUAGGCAUAGAACACUUAGUGUCAUUUUGUUGAUAACAAAAUUUGAAAAUUUCAGAGGCUACAUGGUGUUCAAAAGCUAGCUAAUUAGCCUUAAACUGGCAAGUGAGUUUGUUUUUUGGUGCAGAUUAUGCAAUUUCCUAUCCUUCUAGAUAACAGUUUCUUUCUCCAUUAGAACUUGAAAUACUUCAAAACAAAGGAUUUAUUGAAAAAGAUGUGCUGAUUUUGACCUUGGAGGAUCCCAAAGGUGGCGUUGGAAGUGGUGGUGCCACACUUAAUGCCUUACUUGUGGUCACAGAACGUCUGAGUGCUAAAGCAGGCUUUGGGGUUGGUAAUAAUUAUGAGUGUAUAAAUGACUAUUUUUACUUAAGACCUUUUCUAUUAGAACAUUUUUUUUUGUCUCGUGUCCACACUUAGAUGCAACCAACUGUAUAUGUAACUGUCUGUCUCAAAGAGGUGUUAGCCGUAUUAUAGUCAGUCAUAGAUAACCGUUUAUUACCUAGCCCCAAUGUCCUGAUUUACAAAUUCUCCAUACUGAACUCCACACACACAAAAAAAUUAUCCUUAACUAAUUAGCUAGAUCAAAGAUCAAAGUUCAAUGCAUUUUCCCGGGUUAUCAUCUCAUUAAUGUAAAAUGAUCACCUAAGGAAAUGCUGUGAUCUUUAAACAAAUUCAGUUUUCUCACUUAAUUCUUGAAGGAAAUUUGCUUUGUGUUAGCAAGCCACACAAUAUAGAACUUGAACUACUACCUUGCUGACUGCAGACAUUUAUUGAAGAAAAAAUUCAAAUGCAACUUUUGUACUUAGUGUUAAGCCUGCUAUAACUGACAACUUCUUUUCAUUCUUACAAUAGGUCGUUACACAAAGUGUUUUGAAGAAUGCAAGGAUACUCAUCAUGCAUAUGGCAUGUACUAAUCUUUUAUUACUCUCAUCAUCAUUAUCACAUUAUGUAGCUUUUUCUCUGUUUUUGAUCUGAUCAUUGACAAGAUAGCAAGUCUCUUUGGUAAUAAAGAUUGAAAUUCCUGCGCGGCGUAGUUGCUUAAUGUUAAUUUGAAAACAAUUGAAAGCAAUGCUGCCUUCUUCAGGGUACAACACUAAUCAGUUGUACCCUAAAAAACAGCUUUAAUUUUACAAUUAUUUUCAAAUUAACAUUCAGUCUCUAUGGUACAUGAUAAUCUCGUCAGUUACAUCUUCCUGAGAGGUACGCCACAUGGUUAGCUCAUUUGGGAGAGCGCCGGUCUGCUGAGUGGGAAACCACGGGUUCAAACCCUGGCUGGACCAUCACUCAUCUUAGAAUAACUGAGAGAAUUGAGUGCUACCUUUGAAUGAAAUCUCCAAACUAAAUUUCCUAGUCUUCUCACAGCAAUUUCACUUGAUAUAUAGUUCUUGUGGGAUGUAAAAGAACCUACACUGCUGUUCGGACAGAUUAGGGGAUGUAGACCCUGGCGGUGUGGCCAACCUUUCUUGGGCUGGGUAUGGGUUAUUAUUGUAAGGAGACGUAUUUUAAUUAAUGUUAUAUAGAGAUAACCUCAUGACCCUCCUUCAGGUGUCGUAAUGGCUACCUGUAAACGGUGUAUAUAUGUAUAUAUGUGAGCGUAAAUUCGUUCUGGUUAUAUCCGACUGAAAUUUUCAUAGAAACUUGUUUGUCCCUUGUCCUUUUGAUAUUCGUUCGUAACAUUUUUUGUAUGUAAUGAAGUAAUAGAGUAGUCUAAAGUGUGACAUCAUAAAAAUGAAAUUUCUGAAAUUAUGGGAUUUGUCAGGAUAUUCUGAAAGAACAAUGUCCAAGAGUCCUACUUGCCAAAAAUGAGCAUUUCGGGGCAAAUUGUCUCUGAGAUUGUAGCCCAGUUAUGCUUAGAAAACUCCAUACAAACCCUACUAAAUUUUUUUGGGUCGACCCAAAAAAAAAUUAGAAGGGUUUGUAUGGAGUUUUCUAAGUAUAACCGGCUAACACCUCAGAGACAAUUUGCCCCGAAAUGCUCAUUUUUGGUAAGUAGGCCUCUUGGACAUUGUUCUUUCAGAAUAUCCUGACAAAUCCCAUAAUUUCACAAAUUUCAUUUUUAUAAUGUCAUCACUUUACCGCUCUAUAAGUUGUAAAAACAUUCUUUGAUUAUUUAUUUUUUCUCAAUUGAAAUCUUUUUUCUUAAUUGUAAUGUGAGAUUUCUUUCCUACUGUGUAUGUUUUAGGGUUGGGAUUUUCCAUUAAGCUCUUGUGGAUGGUUCUUCAACACUCUCCCGGCGAAGCACAACGAAAAAUGUAAAGAGUCUCUGUGUGAUUCUGUAGUGUCAAACUUUGACUAUGUGCUUACAGUUAUCUCAGCAACGGUAGGCUUAUUUUACAUCUUUUGUUUUAUUAUUUAUUGUUAUGUUGCUGAAAUUUUUCCUAAAAGCGCAUUUAACCUCUGAGACGUUUAAGUCACCUGUUAAUCGCCUCUGAACGGUAUAGGGUCGUAACUCGCCCGAUCUGUAUUUGUCGUUCCUUAAGCCUGACAAAAAGAAAUGAGCUUGGAAAGACAAUCACUGCACAUGUGGAAUCCAAGGUUAACUGAACUAAAAUAACAUCUCGGAGAAGUUGGUUCACCAUGUUGUAGAGUGUUGUAUGUUAUCGGGUGAAGAUAUCAGUCCUAGCGAACGCCUCCGCGGGCGAAUCGACUUUCGGGCGAAAUGACCGCAAUUCGUCUGAACGAUGCAUUUAAAAGAAGACGUAUAAGUUUUCGGAUGAUAAAUGCGCCUGUCUUAUAGUACCGUCGUUAUUCUGGACUUUAGAACGACUUUAACGUCUCAGUCGACUUAAACGUCUCUAGUAUAAAAACUGCCAAUGCUAAACCUUUCUAAAAUAAAAGUAUCUAAUUUGAUGACAAGAUGGACAUGACACUAGCCUGCGUUCAGUUUUGGAUUCCUGAAUGUCACUAAGGUUGCUAUUUCAACCCUAAAUCUUCUUCUGUCCUUAAAUCAAACAUGGUUGCUCUGGAAAUGCAAACAUAAACUAGCACCUUUUGCCUGGACCCCCCCCCCGCCCCCCGCCCAUCCAAAAAAAAAGGAGGGGAAAGGAAAAAAAGAAUACGCCUGUAUUACUGUCAAAACACGUGCCACUUGAUUACUUUGGGCACUUUCAGUUAGAAGCGUCACUCUUUGUGAGAACGUGAGAUCACUAGGCAUUCAACUUACUCCUACACACGACUGCAUAUAUAACAAAAUUGAUUACAGUAAAACCUGGAACUUCAAAAGGUGAUUAAUUUUUUUCAAACUUUGGGGUAGCGCUCGCAACAUCAUCCUUGAAACGUUCUUGCGGUGGACAAUAAUACUUACCCCUUUAGGUCCCAAGAGUGACCAACAUCAAUUUUCUCCUAACAACAUCAGCAGAUCAUCAAGAGUGAAGGUUAUGAGAAUUACUAAAUUGAUUACCAAAGGGAGAAUGCUUUGAUGUUAAACCAAAUUCUCUCAACUGUUCUUAAAAGAAGUGUAUGGAGAUCAGUCCCGAGAAUUUGUAUGGAUCUUGGGGCUUAAAGGGCUUAAUCGACUCGGUUGAUAAACACGAAUUUUUUGUUCUAAACAAUAUAAAAGAAAUGACUUGACGUUAUCUUAUUAAUGGGGUAGCCUUAUGAUGGAGUUCCACUGUAUUGUAGGCUGUCAUUGUAAAAUCAGCGAUAUUUUGGGUAUUGUUAUAUUUCGUGACUGUAAUCAGUAUAACUGUGUUCUUCAAUAUAGUUAUCAGUGAAUUCUCCUCCUGGUGUUUGGAUCUGCAGUUCUCACAUGUUGCCGUCGAUUUCUCCAGACGCCCGUAAGUCUUACAAAUAGAGAGAUUAAUCACAACUUAGUCUUCCCGGCCAACCGUCUCAGAUUCUUAAUUUGAUUAGCUGACAGUGUUUACGGACAACUGGGGGGAAAGUCAAACGCCAUCAAGAAGGUUAAGGGCGAGAUGUCUACCCUUCAGUUAGACGGGCAAAGACACCAAUAUAAUGCAAAAAAUUGAUCAGUCAUCCCCGAUUUAGUGAUAAAAAUGCUUCCAGGAAGCAAAAAGAGAUUAUUUUUGUCAUAUUUUCCGUCUGCGUAUGUACGCAUAAGUGUGUGUAUGGACCGUACGCUCCUGUAUGAUAUGGUCAAAGCUCUCUUAAGCGACCACUGCCAUAUUAUAGCGGUCACAACUAGAGCUGGAUGAUUACGAGAAUGGUCUCUCGUAACCGACCAAGCGAUAAACUUAUCUAUCAGGGCUGUCAUUUACGAGAGCUCAGUUUUAGCAAAAGUUUUAGAUAUACAUACCACGCAUUCUUUUUGGAUUUGCUUAGUUUUUACACUAGUAAGCACAAACUGUGACAAAAAAGUGUUGUUAUUUCCUCUUUAUUUUUUCAAGGAAUUGACUGGGAGAAGUUUUCUAAUGGUAUCACCGUGAUUCUCUCACCUGGGGACGUUCACUAUGCAAAAGAUCAUGGUGUAGCCAAACUUGGAAAAGAUGUGAGGGUUAUAAGCAUAACUAACGUAAACUUAAAAAUAGCUCUCUCAAGAGAGCACAAGUUUACAGUUUUGUUAUGUCUGUUGUGCAUUUGCGAUUUGGUCAGCUAGCUAUGUCAUAUAAGCAUGAGACGAAACCUGUUUUGUCGAAGAAAAUAAUGUGUGAUUUCUUGCAUGGAAGAAAAAAUUUUCGACCGCACAAGGUGACGCUUAUUUAUCUGACGAAUUAAGUUACAAUUCACCAUCAUGUCAUAGCUAGCGUCGAAGAUAAAAUGAAGCGUGACUUUUUGCAUCAAGAAAAUUAAUAUUAUUGACGCAACAGGUCACACUUUACCCUCAUGUUACAGUGUAUAUAGCACGCCGAUGAACACAAUUGCCCAUUUUUUGCAAAAUUUAUCUUACAUAGAAAAAAAAAACAAAUUGAUAAAAUGACAAGCGACGACUAGAGCGUAGUAGACUCUCCUUGUUUGCGAACUGAAUGACACAGUACUUUGAAUCUGGCCUUCAGAAUUAUCGCUUUUCUUAUAGCCUGCGUAGCCGGCGGUAUUGUGUGGGUGCGAGAUUAAAGUUUUGGCGGCGGAGCCGUGUUCCAAAAAAGGGAGUAGGGACGAGGCGGUUGACGAGGCGGUAUUUCUCGCGGCUUCGCCGCUCGUGACGGCUCCGCCGUCAAAUCUCACUCGAAUAUAUUACAACGGCUCCGCCGCCAAAUCUCACUCGACUACUACAAAAUACCGCCAACUGCGCAGGCUACUUUUCUUACGGUCACGACAUGACUGCAUAGUGUUACACGGAAACUGUAAACAUAGAAACUGAAAAAUAAUUAAUCAGUCAGGUGGAUGCACGAAUAAGCCUUUCCAGCAUCCCGCACCAGAAAGCACAUGCAGUGAAACAAGAUGGUGACUUGGGUGGUAUUGGAAACAAAUCACCGUUUUUGUCAGCUUCAGUACCGGAUCCAGACCUGAGAUAAGGGGGAGGAGGGGGGGCGGUCUCCAAACCAAAGCUUUUUCGGCCAUUUGGGCCUCAGUCUGGACUAGGAAUAAGGGAAGGGCGGGGUCCCCCGGGCCCCUUUCCUGGAUCCGCCACUGAGCUCAGUCUCGAGUCGGUACCUGUGAUCACAGAACAGACUACUCUUCCCUCUGUUGUGGAAAUACCCUGCCAGCACAGUCUUUCUUUCGCUUGCUCGAAUUUGUCGUUCUCGAGAAAGACUGCUGGAAUCGAGUAUGAUCUUUGUUGAGCAUGCGUUUCAUGUUGCUAGGAUAUAGUUUCGAACCCAGGCCUAAUAGCCGUGCGCUUGGUACAGCGGGCUCGGUUAUGACCAUCGGUUUGUUCAAUAAACAUGCGCACUCGAAAAAGCCAGUUUGACGAGAUAAAACAAGAUCGGCUUUUCUGGUCCCUACUCAAGAAGAAGACAGAAAGGGACUCUGCUCGCAGGGUGUCGUGGGAAGGGUUUCUCAUCAAACGGGCGGGUGUGUUUAGCUCCGGUCACUCAUCCUGUGUUUUUACUGACACUCACUUUAAGGGCAAAGUAAAGGACAUUAUCUUCCGAGAAAGUGAGGAGAAAAUCAGAAGUUUCGCCCUUGAGAAUGGCAAGGUGCCGCUGGUAAGUUGGAAAUCCUGUCUAACUGGUAAUGAGUAUGAAGGUUGUAGAGAUUCGUUGAAAUGCGCGGUCUUCCGUCAUCAAAUUCCCAUCAGGAUUGUUGAUUCGCAGCCAUGUGACAAGGCGGCCGUGUCACAGUCGGUCGGCGAAAUAAUACAAUUUUUUUCGCAGAAUUUGCUUGAAAAAAGAGUUUAGUUCUAAGCGGAGGGUAGUCUGCUACACAGGCGUUUUUUGCGUCGUAAUGCACGUGAGGAGGAGCUUUGCGUGACGGCUUUGAAGCAGACUAAGCGGCUUUUGUUCUUGUCAACCAACAUGGCCGCCGUGAUUUCAGCUGUAAAUCAGCAAUUCUCUAAUUUAGGCCCCGUUGUAGUCUGCGAAAACAGACGUUUCUUUUCGCUCAUCGCAGAUGGGGGACGUUUCGCGAUUAGGAACGUCUGCGACUCAGCGACAAAACUUCCAUACUGAUGACGUAAAGUCUGUCCGGAAUCCGGUCAUAACCGCUGAUUGGACGACAGAGUAGUUACGUUGUUUUAGCUAUUGUUUACGAAUAACAGACAAAAGGCUACAAAGGUCAUUCAAAUGUAAACGGGAUGAAUCUAUAACAAAACAGUCAAUAUUUGUGGAAUAUAUUCUUCUCUAGAAGAAGCAUUUGAGUUUUUCUAGAACUCGUUCGCAGAUGAACACAACACUUUCCGAAAAUCGACCAGGAGAAACGUAAAAUUGAACAAAUUUGCAUUUGGAACCCCACGACUACCGAUUUAUUAUGUAAACAUUGAUUUACGUCAUCAGUAUGGAAUUUCUGUCGCUGAGUCGCAGACGUUCCUCUACGCGAAACGUGCCCAGGGGCGAGGAGCGUGGAGAAACGGCUGUUCUCGUAGGCUAAAGAAGGUGCAGUAAAAACAAACUGUUUUCCUCGGGACCUGACAUUUAAUGUAACAGGUUAUUUACUAGUUAGCGAGUAAAGAUAUCUUGACUGUGCUCUGUUCUGUUGUAAAACACGCAGGGAGCGGCUAGAGCACCAAAGAAGUGUAGGGGGGAAACACGAGACGUAGUCUAGUGUUUCUCCCUUCUUGAGUGCUCCAGGCGCUUCCUAAGUGCUUUACAACAGAACAGAGCACAGUCAAGACUUCAUUAUUUGUUUUAUGAUAAAGAAUCCGUUAAAUUCCCCACGCAUUACUUCCAAAUGUUCAAAACAAACUACAGGUAAAUGGCUGACAGCUCUAGCUCCGUGUUUUAUACUCUCAUAAAGCAGGCUUUUUCAACCAAGCAGAGUGUGUGUUUAUCUGACUUCAUCAUAAAAACGUUAAUUUUGAUUGGCAGGUUAGCGGUACUGUGUUCAUGGACAUCAAAUCUGCCUGCAAGGUUUUGAGUCUUCAUGUGUUCCAUCCCUUAGAUGCUUGUACUUACUUUGGGCUAGACAAUGGAGCUGAACCUAUUCAGGUAUAACUGACAUAUAUAUCUAAUUUUUAUGGUGUUGGUUCAGCUAUACAUUUCAUAAGGAUCUCGAAAUUCGUGAUGGCCUUGUCGAAUCUUUCAAAGAGAAAAGAAAAGGGCAACUAAUGCAGCGAUGAUGUCGAGAACGUCAUAAAAAAGCAAGAGUUUAAGCCGAGCAAAAAAACAACUUUGCGCGCGCAUUCAGUACACUUUAUUCCUUUUCCGACCUCUGCAUAGCCUCGAGUUGAAAUUUUCUUAUAAGGGAGUGUGUAAACAUACGAGUUGAUAGCAAAUUUUUCUUUUCCUCUCUCUAGUGAAUCUGCCUAUGUUUUUUUAAAGCAAAUUAAGUGAGUUUGUAAUAUUCUCCAUGCAUAUAGCCUUGCUCUUCGGCCUUGAAUCUCUCCGGUCGUAGGUCAGUGGAAAAAAGCGCCACGCGUUGCUGGGAGUAGUACAGUAGCUCUUUUAGACCUCUAUUUUUAUUGGCCUAAAUAAGCAGUAGCUUCGUUUGUUUUUAGGGCUAGGGGUAUUGUUUGUGUUGAAUCAUCUACUGUUUCGUUCUCCAAUCACAGACCAUUCUAGCACCAGGAAGAUCUAAAAGGCGGAGCAACUUUUCACUGGGUUUACACACAGAAAUUUUGGUCUGCGUGGUUAGCAGUAGGGAAGGAAUCAAAAUAUCAACGAUUACUCACUGAAUGAAGUGCUGCAAUUUUUGCUGGUUUGUCCCUUCCUAGUACUAUGAGUAGUUUACAUGGUACUAGGAUCUUCCAACCUCUCAGCUUGGAAGAUCCCAGCGCUAGGGACAAGUACAACUUUGUGCAUGUAAACUGAGUCCAGAAAACAUAUGACGCUAGGAUGAUCCCCCCUCUAGGAUCUUGCUGGUGCUAAGCUGGAUCAAUUGAGGUUUCUGGGUAACUGACCACCUACCUCUCCCCUAAGUCACAAUUUUGCCUUAAGUGAGACGUGUUAAUGCUGACUUAGGGGAGGGGUAGGCGGGGUACCCGGAAACCUAGACUACGAGUAGUACCCAUUUUCCCUCAGGGAUAGUAUAGCGAGCAAAACGCGAGUGCGCGUGAAAAUUACCCCGUGCGAGAAAAGGCGACACGCGGCGGGGAGAGAAAACAGAGUAAACAGCCCCUUAAGCCAGCUAAGUGUUGGACGUUUCUCUUUUUUUUGCUAUGCAGUUGUCCAUGAUAUUUGAUAUCCUUCUUUGUCUGGCCGAGGAUGUGACAGAGUCAGCGUUUGUUGAGGGUGAAAGAAGCGGUUCAUAUGGUCGCUACAUCCCUGUAACAAUGAAGUCCUCAGAACACCCCAAGAGGAUGCUCAUGCGCAGUGCACGAGCAAUGCUUUGGCAGCGACUAAGGGGCGUGGAGCUGAAAGGAGGUUAAUUAACAAUGUUUAGGGGAGUUUUUUCGCAUAAUGUGAAGAAUUCCCGGAGGAGUACUCGUGGGAAUUCUUGGUGGGCUGGUUUUCCAAAUCCUAACCCUAUUUCAGACCAAAAAAUGUCAUGUUCCACACCCGUUUUCAGACCUGGCCUUUAGGUAGAAAUUAUGUCAUACUGUAAUUACUUAUGUUAGAGUGCAAGCAAGAAUUUCUUCAAAUGCAUUUCGAAUUCGCAUAUUCCUAUUUUUCUUAUUAAUUUGGAGUUGAAACGAUAAAUACGUUUAUACGCUCCCGUAGUUCCUUCGAAAACCAUACCCGAUUCCAGACCAAAAUGGGUAAUGUGUAUACCCGUUUUCAGACCAAAAACCAUACCCUUUGGGACGGCACAUUCAUAUAUGGCUUAUAUAAGGGAUUACCCCCCCCCCCCCCGGGGGGGGAAAAAUUCUGCNUUAGGUAGAAAUUAUGUCAUACUGUAAUUACUUAUGUUAGAGUGCAAGCAAGAAUUUCUUCAAAUGCAUUUCGAAUUCGCAUAUUCCUAUUUUUCUUAUUAAUUUGGAGUUGAAACGAUAAAUACGUUUAUACGCUCCCGUAGUUCCUUCGAAAACCAUACCCGAUUCCAGACCAAAAUGGGUAAUGUGUAUACCCGUUUUCAGACCAAAAACCAUACCCUUUGGGACGGCACAUUCAUAUAUGGCUUAUAUAAGGGAUUACCCCCCCCCCCCCGGAGGGGGAAGAAUUCUGCUCUCGGAGAAUGUUGUCGGCUGAGGAGGAUAACAGCCUCCGAGGUCUGCGUAGUUCUUCACCAUCUUGCUUCCAAAAGUGAACUUGAUAACAUACACAGUUAUCCCUAGUUCUACACUUAACCAUGCUUAUACUCAAAUGUAAAGAUUUCUUUCAACAGUGCUUCUUGAGAACGGUACGUUUGAUUACUCGAAGCCAUCUGCAGAGUGUUAUAGGAGACAAAUGCUUAACAGCAUUGAAUUUCUAAACCAGACUGGAGUCAAGUUCGAUUUCAACAAUCAUACGCACGUAUCGAUCUGUAAGGUGAGUACGUUACAACCGACUUUCUUUUCCGAGAUCUCGGAUGUUUUUAAAGAUAUUUGAAAAAUACCUUCGAGCUUAUUUUUCUAGAACAGCAGUCGUUAUUAACAGUCGUUAUUAAAGGUUAUAUCACACGGGACGAUUCGCAAAAACGAUUUUUAGCGCAACACAGCGUUGCAAUAUUGUCGCGACAUUGUUUUGAUUGGUUCCAACAUUGUUCCAACAUUGCAAUGCUGUGUUGCGCCAAAUAUCUUCGUUGCAUAUCUUCGUGUGUAACAUCCGCCUUCAAGACCUUUAGAUUCGAGGACGAGGACGACCACGGGAAUGAGAUUUGAGAUAAAAGUUUUUUUUUCGCAUAUUCUCAAAAAAUAGACACCCCUGAAAGCUUCAUUUCACCUUUUUCCCUUGAAAAGUUAACACGGUUAUUUUUAGCGAAGGGGGUUAAGCCCUCUCCCUAUCGAAAAAUGAUAAAGCUUCUAACGUUUAGAUUUGAUAACUUUUUUCCGUCAGUAAGACAUAAGAGACCUUUAGAUUAGAGGACGAGGCGACUACGAGAUUUGACUUUACGUUUUUUCAAGUAUUCUCAAAAUAUAGACCCCCAGGAAAACUUCAUUUUAUCACUUUUCACUACAAAAGUUAGCACUGUUACCUUUUGUGAAAGAGGUCACGCGCUCUCCCGAUCACAAAAUGACUUCUACCAUUUGAUAUCUUGUUUCCGCCGCACUUCGAUAUUCUCGCUAAAACUCGUAGUAUAAUGACAACGGCUACCUUUUUUUCCCGCCAAAAUGGCGUUGGUUCACGCGCGAACACAGCUUAGUACUGAGAAAAUCUCGUACUCGUAUAGUCGUACUCGUCUUAUUCUUAAGAAUCUCAAGGUCUAUAUUUUCGCUUAAAACGCACAGUAGAAUGACGGCGCCUACCACGUUUUCCUGCCAAAAUGACGCUGGUUCACGCGCGUGUACUAGUUAGUGUUGAGAAAAUCUCGUUCUCGUAAUCGCCCUCGUCUUAAGGUGAUGUUACACGGGACGAUUCGCAACGACGCUGAAAAGCCAUUUUUGGGGAUGCUUAAUAAAGUGCAUGUAUGUAUGUCCUCCAUAAAACUUGCAAUUAGGCAUUUUCACGUCGUACUCUUACAGGGACGGUCAAGAAAUGUACAAAAAAGCGUGAUCCACUUGCAAAGUUGUUGUUUUGCGUAAUAAACAUAUUGCUUUUUUGACGUCCUCGUUUCCGUCGCCGUCGUCGUUGCUAAAGCUCCCCGUUGCGGGAUCAACGAAAGAAACUCUGGGAAAGUUUCUUUAGCAAAAUCUUGCGGGAAUUUCUUCCGUUUUGCAACUUUGCCGAGCUAAAGAGUUUUCUUUCAAAAUUCUUAUUAGCAGUUGCUAUUUUGUUGUUUCAGAAUGGUACUCCUAUUCCAAAAUCCUCUGUUGUGAUAAAUUCGAUCGUGGAGGAUGGCAUCAAGAUUGGGGAGAAUUCAGUGAUCUCUAACUGCCAUUUGAAGGUAUAACACUCGUUCGUUGUAGUCCUUAUGUUUUUUUUUAGCUAUUUUACAAAUCGACAACAAUUUUCCAUGGUCUGAACUAGUUUUGAACAUUUUGACGUCAUUACUUCCGAUUAUAAACCUACCCCCACAAAAAGUCCCCCAUUUUUGGCCCAUCUACCUGAAAACAAAAAAAUACAUCCGGUUAUACCCCCCCCCCCCCCCCCCCCCCACACCCCCACCCACCCCCGCCAACACCCAAACACCCCCCACCCCACACCAACACACAACAUUCAACCGAUACGCACAGCCAUAUAACCCGGGCAGUUGCAGCCGCAUGAGGGCGUGCUUAGAAACGGAGCGGCAGAUCUUCGGGGGGGAGGGGGGGGGCUUAUGACCGGUCCGAUAAAAGUGUCUCAAAACAAGCAACAUAGCAGUGCUGAUUAAAAUAUUUUUUGAAUUUGAUCGACUUUUUUUUCGCUUCAAGCACAAGGGGGGCAUAUACUCCGGCCAGGGGGGGGGGGGUGCAACAGAGAGUAAUUUUUUUUUGUUUUCUUUUUUUAAAAAAGGCACAAUAUUUCUCCUGUCUUGCAGUAUUUUUUAAAUAUUGUCAGCUUUUUCUCCCCAUUUUAUACCUCCCCCCCAAAAAACACCCCCUUUUUUGGCCCCUCUCCCCAAAAAAAAAAAAAAUCACCCGGUUUACCCCCCCCCCCCCCCGCCCCGAAUAUAAGCCCCCCUCUUGCUUGAAGCGUAAAAAAAGUCGAUCAAAUUCAAAAAAUAUUUUAAUCAGCACUGCUAUGUAGCUUGUUUUGAAACACUUUUUUCAGUCCGGUCAUAAGCCCCCCUCCUCCCCCCCGAAUAUAUGCCCCUCCGUUUCUAAGCACUCCCUCAUACGGCUGCCACUGCCCGGGUGAUAUGGCUGUGCGCAUCGAUUGAAUCUUGAAAAUGAUAGGCCAACUUUUUCAAUUUUUCAUGCUAUGGCUACAAAAAUCUCCCAAAACGUUUUAUGGUUUGUGCUUCCUGAUGAAAUUUGAGAUGUGCAAGUGACAUAUGGGUAAAGGCAGUACGUUUUUGACUUCAGCACAGAAUUGACCUAAACCAGCGAUAAACUCGUGGCAUAGCCCCUUUAAACACGAGGUCAAUUAUUCGAUUAGCAACGAUUUGUUUAAUGCGAUUUAACACUGAAUGUAAGGAUAAAAUGUGACAACUAUAUUAUUUAAAUAUUCCAGGGGGAUUUGUCCUUUGGAUCAGGGUCCAUCUUAAUCGGUAUUUCAUCUAAAGCUAUGAAGGUGAGAUAGUGUCUUCAAUCGAAUUCUGAUUCCAUGCUUUGAGCGGUGUGCGUGGUUCUUUUUUGUGAUUUUUCUUCUUUGUGAUUUUUCGUAGGAUGUUCCGUCAGGAGUAACUUUUCCUAACGAUUUGUGCGCCAUUCACUUCAAUGUUGACCUUGGUGACAGACCACAAAGAGUUUUGGUUGUUUUGGGCGCUCUUGAUGAUCUACAGGUGAGGCUGUUUUUCAGUACCACUAUCGGUAGCAGCUUUAGCCUCCCUCGUAGACGUUCCUAAAGGUUCGUCACGCGUUCCCCCCCUCCUCCCUCCCCCACCUUGGGGAGAAUUGACCAGAACGUCUGCGUGGAAGAGUAUAACCUCUUAAAGGAGCUGUGUCACGCAAUUAAGCCAAAUUAGGAAAUUACAAAAUGCCCGUUAAAUUAAGAGAAACAUAAAAAUAACCGCUUAAAACUUUAAAGGAAGGUUAAAAUAACAUAACAGAAAUAAUGGAUGCCACGGAUGGACAAAACUGAAAAAGAUUGAAACGGAUUAAAAUUAGGGUUUUUGAAAACUGUUCAGCCUAACAGUUUUUCAAUGUUGAUCCCUGCUGCUUGCAACUUCAAAAAUAAUGCUCAGGAGACAUAUUUGUUUGUCUUGGAUCUCUGAUUUUGUCAUUUACAUGUAAUUUCUUUGCUUACUUUAAGUUCCAUCGCGAUUGAGGGUGAGUAAUUGGCAAAAUUAAACAAAAUGAACCGGACUGCCGUGACACAGCCUCUCUAAGGUAUCAUCCCAUCUUUGGUACACUCUUCGUGCGGAUCUUGCUAGGGGUUGUAGCCUUAAUAAUUACUCCUACAAACCGCACAUUUUCUAAAAGCUUAAUGCUUGAAGAUUACGGCUAAUUUCUUUACACAAUCCAAAAUGCUAACGCGUUUCAGAAUUGACGAGCGUUUUGCAAAAGUAUACAUGUUUCUGUAAAUUUAAGUCCAGGUCAGCCAAAAACAAACGAAAGAAAUCGAUUAAGAUCGCGUUCGCUUCAUGACACGUCUGACUCAGAUUACUCAGAUGACUCAGAUUUUUGACAUGUGCGUUUGUUCUUUUGUGAUAAGUAGAUGAAGUAAGUGAUAACAAAUCAUUACAAUUACCUGUGGAAAAAAUGCUGUAACUCAAAAACGAACAACAGAAAUCAAAAUUCGCACAAUGUUUUUAAGAAUAACUAUCUGGCAGUAAGUUGGUCAAAUUUCAGCCAAUUUGGUUCACGGGUUGCCGACUUGUAGUUUUAAAAUGAACGCUCAACUUGGUCCGAUUUUCAUUUCGAGAAAACAGACAGUGAAAAUGCUGUACUAUCUUUCUCGUCACGCAGACGCCAGUUUCAUCAGAAAACAGCACGUAUUGCAACAAACCAUGGAAGACGUUUUUUGAUGGAACAGGGAUCAGCCCUAAUGAACUCUGGUUUGGAGUGGUAAGAUCUGUAUACAUCUCACUGCGUAUUGGACAUUUGAGGUUGAGCGGAAGACUGGGUUUGUGUUGUUUCGAACUGCGUUAUGGGUCCAAAUGUUUCCGCCAAACAGUCCUACAAUGCAAUUGGACACGAUGCUGACCCAGUCUUUUCCCAGUCGCAGGUUUUUCUUGCCUAGACACAGUCAGCCUUUGUUCGUCAGGCUUCUUGGGGGUUUCUCUCUUAGGCAGUGUUCACACUUGGUGCCCGGACACGGUGCCCAAGGACGGUACGGUGAACACAACAUCAUUUUGUGCCGAUGCCCAGGCACUUGUUCAGAGGCACCAAGUGUGGACAGCCCCUUUUCUAGGCUAUAUUGUUAUGCAACAACAACCAACGGCAAAAAGAGUUUGUUUUGUGUCAUCUAUUAACAAAUUCUAUAAUUUGCUAUCUGCCUAAUGGAAUGCUUUAUUUUUUACCCCUUUUGACUUGAAAUAGGGUAGGGGAAUUACCAUCCUCGGAGACCCAGGGGCAGAUAGUGGGGGCGAGAGAAAGUCUAAACGGGCGGGAAAAUAUGGCACGAAGAAAAGUAAAGAACGGCGAGAAGAGCCCCUGGGGACAAUGUCUUACCACACCAGUUCCAAACUGUCGCGGUCGUUCUGGCUUCUGAUUGGUGCCAGAAAACUUUUGUGUUUUUCUGCUCAAUCAGAAGGCAGAACGGCGGCGACCAUUUGGAACUGGUCUGGUAAGACAUUGUCCCCAGGGGCUCUUCUCGCCGUUCUUUACUUUUCUUCGUGCCAUAUUUUCCCGCCCGUUUAGACUUUCUCUCGCCCCCACUAUCUGCCCCUGAGUCUCCGAGGAUGCGGAAUUACAUAUUUUGAUCUGAAGUAGGGCGAGCUUUUCAGAAAGCAUGUCACCCAUCCUCACCUAAAUUUUCUAGCCUUUAAAAGCAUGAAGAGGCUUGGAAUGGUGGAUAGAAAGGUCGAGGGAAAAGCGAGGAUGCCUCUAGCUCCUUAUCCGUGCGUUAAACUCUCGCGGGGUUAUAUUGACGCAAACAUAUUUAUAGGCGUGAGAACCUGAUUCGUGAGAACCAUGAAUUCCAGCGCUCUAACUGCUCGGCCACGAUGCUUCUAAACCAAUUAGAUUACUUAAUUUUGUGAGGUAUAAAGAGGUGAUUUUAUAUUUCUGUUGUAGCCUGAACAGGAAAGAAGUCUUAUUAAUGCCAAGCUUUUCCCCACGAUCCAUUGUUCUGUAUCACCGAACGAGAAAACAGACGAGAUUUUGUGGUUGUCGAUGAUCGCUAGCGGCUUUUCAAAGCGGUUGUUUUCUCAAACCAUGGACGUUAACGAGAAUGUUUUCAACUCGUCGCCUACAAAAGGUCAACAUUUCGUUUAUUCUCUUGGGCGAGGACUUGCGGAUCUACUUCAAAAGUAAGGAACGUCUGUGUGUGCUUGGGCGUGUGCGUGUAAGGGCCUGUACAGUAUAUUAUAAAAUAGGGAACUCAGGCAACGACGAUGGCACAGGGAGCAAAAAGCUCACUUACAAUAAAAAAGCAAUCGCGUUGUUUCAAACUUUAUCGAUCUUAUUCCAUUUCGUUCAAUUUCUCAGUGUUCGCGAAUUUUUGUGGAGUUGAGUUCUAAAAGUUUGUUUCUAAAUUUAGACAAAGGAAAUCGUUGUCUUGUGUUGACGUUCUCCAUGAAAUGUGAAAUUAGGAACUUUCACGUCGUAGUUUGCAACGACCACAAAGAAAUGUACCAAAAAAUAAAGCUUGAUGGACAUGCAAAGUUGUUGUUUUGCUAUUCUAAUCUUAUUGCUUUUUUCCGUUCUCGUUGCCGUCGCCGUCGUCGUUGCCUAAGCUCCCUAUUAAAUUUAAUAACUAAGAUAGUACGUGCGCCCUGAUUAGCCAAGAAUUAAGUAAGUGGGAUGAGAGUAAGUUGGUUUCACCAUGUUUUGCUGUGCACGUGCUUAACACCAUGAUUAUCGAGUGAUUAUGAAAAAAGGUUGAUUUAAGAACACAACAUAACAUAAAGAAAAUUUAUUUUUGAAAGAAAUAAAUGGUUUUAUGCUUAAUGUGACUGAUUAAUGUAAGUUUCUAUAACAUAACGACGUAUAGAUAAAGUUUGAGAAAAAUCUCGGUGCAGGUUCUAUUUCAGAGGAAUGACCCUAACCCCUGAGCACUAAUUUACAAAUACAAAUUCUCCACACUGAUCUUCAUGCAUUUCCUUAAGGAAUUAGUAGAGAGAAUUUGUUUAAAGAACAAGGCUGAUCUCAAUCAACCUAAUCCCAACUCUCAUUUCAACCUGAUCCAAAACCAUUCCCACAAACACCCUCAAAUCAUGCCUCAUUCUUCACUCAACCCCCCCCCCCCCCCCCCCCACCCCACCCAACACACACACUUGGGUGAAUCAUUCUGUUCAUUCCUACAACUUUUUUUCUUCUUAAUCUAUUGAUAUUGUUUUGAGAAAAUUGAUGUUGGUCAAUCUUGCUGACUUAAAAGAGUUAAUGUCGAUGAUCCGUUUUUUCAGGUGGCGAUUGUCCAUCAGGCUGUCCUUGCAGGACAUCCUGUCCUUGCUGGAUUUGAAUGCAGAGUUUGAUUGGAAAAGAAGGUUGUGGUUUGAAAUUGGGAAAGCGCAAGCCGAGACCACACUGAGAGACUGCAAGAAUGAUUGUCUCUUGCCAUUCUUCAGAAGCUGUGUUCAAGAGGGAUUCGCAAAAGACAUAUUGAAGGUUUUAGAUGAAGGUAAACGUUCAUUGCCGACCCGUGGCAGUCCGCGGAAUUUGAUUUUAGGAGGAACUACCUGCGUAGGCUCUAGAGUAGGGGCCGUGGUCUUCUGGAAUUGUUUAGGGGAACGAGAAAACAAACAUGAGGAGAUUGGACCAGACCCAAAAGAGUUUCUAAAAUUAUUGGCCAAUCCGCACUAGCAGGAAAAAUUUGGAAUUCUCUUUCUCAAACUCAUAAAUAAUUCAUAUCGAUAAUACAAAGGAAAUUAUUGUUUAAUGAGUGUUUUGAAAUCAGAUGAAAAACUGCUGGUACAAUUAGGCAUUCCGGGGUGUCUAGCUUUUGAGAAUAUACGCGAAAAAUCUAAUCUUGUACUCGUAGUCGGCUCGUCCUCGAGUCUGAUGUCUCAUUGCCUUAAAACAGGAUCUUUAUCCUCAAGGUUCACUGAUGAACUGUUUCUUUUGCUCAGUUGCAUGCAGUACAAGUUCUCCGGGCGUGGCCGCUCGGACUUUGGCGUGUAUUGCUGACGUAUUAGGUGCUAUGGCAGGAGAGAGAGCUGGGCUGAGAAGUGGUCCGGCCCGCAAUGAAUCCUGGAUGGAUGCCUUUCAGUGUCUGGAGGUAAACGAAAGCAGCUAAUCUAAAUACACAGACUAACAAAACUGGAAACUUCUUCCUUAGUAGUACAGUGGAACCUCGAUAUAGCGAACCACUAUAUAACGAAGUCCUCGAUAUAACGAACUAUUUUCUUUACCCCAGUAACAGUAAAAUAUAUGGAAAAGUCCCUCGAUAUAACGAAACCUCGUUAUAGCGAACAAAUUUUGCCAGUCUCCUUGCCCGUCGUUAUUACGAGGUUCCCUCCAUAAUAUAGAUUGAAAAUGUGACCUGUUAUUGAAUGAAUCUUAUCAAUAUCGAACGAUCGAAGAUCAAAAUACUUUUGCGCUAUGCUUUGGGUGCAUAUCACGUGAUAGAUGGUCAAAACACACGUUAUCAUAUUAUGAGUGAUAGAAGGUCCAAAAGCUCUUGAUCAGAUUGUAUUCUGUGCAUUCGAUUCAUUCCUAGUGGAAGUCCAAGCGAAGCUACAUACGUGCCGUGCAUGCGUAAUAGCAAUCUGGAGAUUAGGAUUGCGGGCUCCUCUUUUGGCUGGCAAGUAAAUAGCUCACGCGAUACUUUUUUUCGACUUUGAAAGCUGGUGUCUUCUUUUUGUUUUUUUAUUUCUUUAAUUUAGAAAGGAGACAUCCCAGCUGGAGUGAAUGCACUUGCAGAAGAGAGAAAUAAGUGGCUUGAAAGGUACAUCAUUAUGACCAUUAACGUUGCGUUAGUUAGCGUUUUUAGCGUAGGGCUGGUUAUUCAGCACACGAGGUCUUCGUUUCUCCGUUUUUGAGUGAGUUAUAUGUUCUUAUUAUCUGUGGUAUAUGGGCCCUUAACAAUAAUAAUACAUGGUGCUUGAUGUCUAAGGCUGCGUGCAAACUGACGCAACAACUCCCAACAUUAUUGCGCUAACAAUGUUGGGAGUUGUUGCAUGCGUGUUGACAGUGGUGUGCAAACGGAUGCAACAACUCCCAACAAUGUUGGGACCUGCAGUGUAUCGUGGGAAGGAUACAACCCAUAAGUCUUUGUAAACCAUGCGUAAUGCACAUGCCUGGCCCCAACAAUGUUGGAAGCCGGCUGUGCAAACGGAUCUAACAUUGUUGCGCUACGAUUCGGAGAUCACGGAACAAAAGAAACGUUGGGAGUUUUUGGCUGAAAAGUUUGACCGGUUUCAAACUUUGCGCAGCAAACAGCAACAGGGUAUGUAAACGGACGCAACAUGUAACAUCUAACAACGUUGGGAGUUGUUGGUCACCAAUGUUGCGUCCGUUUGCACGCAGCCUAAAGAAUGAUCUGCCCCAAAUUGAUAGAAGCUUAGAACGCUGUUUUGUUAAACACUUACCUGUGUAGUUGCAGUAUUCUUUUCAUUUCUGUCGUCAAAUGGACAAAAAUUUCAGUUAAAUUAAAACUUUUGCACGGAUGGAGUCCGCUUGCCGAGGGAAACUAGAGUGUUUGAUAUACGAGAUGCUGAUUAUAAAAGAUAAAAGAGUUACGCUAAACACGUAAGUGGAAUCCUGCCAUUGUAAUUUGUCCAUUUUCACGUUUAAAUUACAUGCACUUUUCGCACUUCCUUUUUCUAUAAAUAUUACCACGAUUCCUGUUAAUUUCUUGUCUUUUGAUAAUUAUGACAUGAAGCUAUCGAAACAUCAAGUUUCUUUUAUAUCGUUAAUUUUGUUUUAAAAUGUAUCUCUAAAUCGAUCCUCAUUACAAAAUUUUACAGGAACACAAUAAAUUAAAGUGUUGUAGAUCAGGCAAAAAACUACCCACAAUAGCAAAAACUAAACGAGCUGAGUUGCAUUUUAUAAGGUUGUGACACACGAAAGAUUAAGACUACGAAUUAAAUUUAGGAGAACAAAAAUAAAUAAAUAAAUAAAAAUUAAAUAGAACAAAACAAAACAGAACGGUACCUGAUAGCUAUAAAGUUUACAUCAAAUAGGAUAAAUCAAACAAAUUGCUAUCCAGCAUUAAAAGAAUGACGAGGAUAAAUAAUUUCCUUCAUCGUUUUUCUUAAAUAAAUGCAAAGAAGUACUUUUUAAAUUUGCAUCCAGGUUAUUCCAAACAGAAGGACCAGGGAAGCGUAUAUUAAAUUUACCGUAAUUAGGCCUAACCUUGUCAAAAUAAUAAGUUGACUUUGAUGCUAGCCUAGUAUUAUAGCUAUGCUUAGAUGUUAUACGUGAAAAGAAGUUGUCUUAAGCCUCAGGUAGUAAACUAUGAUGAAACUGAAGCAUAAAAAAGGCAGGCAAAAUGAAUAGUCACUAGACGCAUGAACUUGACUAAACCGAACUGUGAAAAAAAGGGGACUGGAGUGAACAUCUCGAUUAGAAUAUGUAAGUAUUUCUACUUUAAUGUGAGAACUUUACUUUACAUUGAUGUAAUUGAUUAUUAUUUUUGAAUAGACCCGAUCUUCUGAUCCGAGCAGCUCGCCAUUACGAAGGAGCGGAACAAAUUUUAAGACGAAAAGCGGUUUUUACUUCAAGACAGGUCUGUUACAUGGCUGACAGUCUAUAAUAUAGCCUGCACAUAUAUGUAAUUAUGUGACUUAGUGUACAUUUAUCAUUUGUCAUUUAGCGAAAAACAUUUUUGGGGGUUAGUUGCACUUUAAAAGAAAAUGCAAUGAAAAUAGGUAGUUUUAUACAAAAGACUGAAAGACACUAAACGAUACCCACACCACAAAACAAUAGCUAACUAACAACAGUUUCUGCAACACCAAGAAUCAUAUUUCCCCAAAAAGUGUGAAAGUUUUAAAAACUACAUUUGCUCGGUGAAGUCCACACCUUGCUUCAAGUAUAAGGCUGAUUUAGCAUCAGAACGGGAACGUCAGAUGACAACGACGCGCCCAAAUCAAACAACUGGCUCGAACCAACGGCAGAGCGGCAAAUUGGGCACCGGAAGUCGCGUUUAGUCCUUUCCGCGCGCUUUCCCGUCGUCAACUGACGUUCUCGUUCUGUUGCUAAAUCAGCCUAUUAAGACACGAUGGAGGCAGCGCGAUUACUUCUUGGAAACAUAAAAAUGAGAAAUAAAAUUGUUUCCAUUAAAACAAGCAAAGCCAACCUUGUAGAGUUUUAAGUGGAAGCGUAAUAAAUAUUAUAACUAGUUCUGAGAGUGGUUUUAUCAAAUUUAGCCCCUUUGAAUAAGAAAUGUUAAUUUUCUUAGUCCUCCUCACUUAAAUUAUUCUUGCAUACAGUUUUUCCAAAGCGAGGAAUGUGAACCUGUUCCCAAAGGGCACUGGGUAAUAGCCGAAGCACCUGGUAAGUUCUCAAACCCGAAAGCAUUGUUUCCUUUCAAAGGUUUUAAAUUAGCAACCAACGUUAGAACUACUAUAACCAUGGUAUAACAUAUAGAUUUAGUCAAGGCCAAAAGCAAAGCUCUUGUGAGAGCCCUUAAGAAAUGUAUUUCUGAAGUAAACUUUUGGGAGCCUGCGAUCAGUUGAAUACCAUAACUGGACAGCAGAGAUCUUAAAAGAAAAGCGUCACCUCAAUGAGUUGCACACCUGAGCCCGCGAUACAGACAUGUGACACCUGGAAGCGGAUACCCUAUUUUGAAAGCUGUCAAUUGAUCAUACAUGUCCAACAUCGAGUUUUAAAAACAUAAGUUGUAUAUGCCUUAGACUUUCAGGCUAGUAAGUAAGACAUUUCACGUCCGCUAACAUGAGGGCGGACGUACGUAGGUACCAAAGGACAAUUUUGUCAGAACCAAAAUUUAUUGAGUACAUAGAUAACCAAAUUUUCGUAACCAUGGUGCUCUCCUGUUAAGAAAAUCUGAGGCGGUGGAAUUUCUGGUUGGCCAUUAUUGCAUUGACCUUUAUCGGAGAGGCUUAAAAGCGCUGCCAGAAUCCCACAUUUACGCACCCUACUUGGAGACGUUUCUUUCCGACCUGGUUUUAGCGUUUUUUAAUCGUCAGUCGCGUCGCUGAAAUUAGUGUAGUUGGCUUGUUUAACCCCAUGUGCCAAUGUCAGUGAAGCGACUGAUGACUUCGUAAAUGCUAAAAAUCAUGUCAGAAAAAAUGUCUGCUAGCAGGGUAAAAGACGACGUUUUAAUCCCUGCCACUAGGAAGAGGGCUGGGUGCCUUAUGCUACAACCACUGCUUGGGUAACCUGUGGCUUAAUUGAAAAUCUUUUACGGUACAUUACAUCACGAUCAACACAAGUUUUAAUCUCUCACAUGGUCACCCCACGUACCCUGUAAACUUUAUCAAAGAGAGAGAUUUUAUGGACAGGGAGUUUACCCCACCAAAGCGGGUUACCUCAUCUCCCUGGGGUCUUUCCACUCGAUGUAAACAGGCCCCCUCUACUUCACGACUAACGUUUUACUUGUGCCAGUUCAUUCUUAUCUCUCGGUUGUUUGUUCCCUUUCAGCUCGAAUAGAUUUGUCUGGUUGCUGGACUGACACCCCUCCUGUGACCUAUGAGCACGGUGGGGCUGUUCUUACCGUUGCCAUUAACCUUAAUGGAAAGGUAAGGGAAAACAUACUGCAUUUAUUUUGAGUUUCGAGUUUUCCUUUCUUCAGCAAAUUAAGGCUUUUGUUAUUCAAACCUCGCUAGAAAUAUCAAAUUUACUGGUAUGAAAGAAAGACGAAAAGCCGGGAUUCUGUUCAUAGUAGUAAAAUGAUACCAUCGUGCAAAUGCCGCAUUCUUAUGUGUUUUGCACAUGUUAACGGAGUCAGAAAGGCUAAUAAUACAUAUAAAAAAAUAACAAUAGGCCGCCAUUAUCAAAGAGGUCUAUCAGCAAAAGCCGAUUUUUUAACUAAUGGUUUUUUUCUUUCUUUUUUUCCGCUUUACAGAAAGUAACAGGCGCUAAAGUUAGAAAAAUUUCUGAGUGAGUGUUCAUUUUGGAAAUCUUAACGCUUUUCCAGAAGUAGAAUCUGGGACUGUACUAUUUAUCAUCUGUACUAUUUAUCAAAACGUCGACUCUAAUUUAACUGAUUCGUGGGGAUUUGCCCGUUCGCUUUGUACGCAUUAGCGCAAUAAGGUAAUAGAGAGUUUAAGUACGGACGUUUUUGGGCAACGCACGACAACCGGAAGUGGACUUUUUGCAAUCUUAGGCUGUGAUUUUGAACAAAUUUUCCAGCAGCUCGUCUCUAUCGGAGUAAAGACGCUAAGCAAUACAAAUUAGGUAGCAUAAAGGCAAAUUAAAAAGGAAAAAGGUUCACUUUCGGCUGACGUACGUCGCUCAAAAACGUCGUUGCUUAAACUCCCUAUAGAGUGUUUUGACUCACGUGGCCAGCAUCUAUGCAAAUUUAUUGGAACAAAAGAAAGCAUUUACAUGAGAAAAGAGUUGAACUCCCAGAGGAUUGGUUUGGGAAAUCAACAUGGCCGCCGUUUCAUUGUUUUGGGACACCAAUACGGCCGCCGUGACGUCAUGUGAAAACACUCUAUUAGGGAGCUUAAGCAACGACGACGGCGACGUCACCGAGAACGGCAAAAGAUCAAUAGGUUUAGAUAAGGAAAAAAAAUGGCUCUGCACGGGCAUCACGCUUUAAUUUUUUGUACAUCUCUUUGCCGUCACUGCACAACUACGACGUGAAAAUGUCUUGUUUCACGUUUUGUGAAGGACAUGAACACAAGACAACGAUCAAGACUUUCUUUUACUUUUGUUGAACUUCAGAACUAUUUAGAAUUCAACUCCAGGAAAAGUUGCAAACAUUUGAUGAAUUGAACGAGAUAGAAUAAGCGCGAUAAACUUUGAAGCAGCGCGACUUCACUUGCUAAAUGACCUUUAUAUAACCGUAGCCGUCGCGUUGCUUAAGCUCCCUAUGCACUGGAAAAAGAAGUUGGGCCAAAGAGAAAUUGAGGAAGAAGGAACUGCUCCUAUUUUAAAUAUACUGCUUGCAGGCGUCCAUUUCCCUCAUUUCGCUUGUUGAAUUAGGGUCAAGAGGUCUACCAUAUAUUAAUAAUAAAUGAUAAUGAUAAAAAUAAUUAAUAAUAAUAAUAAUAAUAAUAGUAAUAAUAAUGAUAAUAAUUGAUAGAGAGAUUAAGCAUCGCGUUUACGGAAAACGGCAAACAUGGUGAGAUUCAAGUUGAGGAGUUUUCAAAAUGAGUAAUGAACAGAUAAAAACAACUUAAAACAAUUGUUAUGGAUAGAAUUGGCGUGAAUCUACCGAUUUUCGUGUAGUCAUAACGAACAGUAAACGAUAAGUAAAUGGAAACUUUGUCACGUGGUACUAAUUCAGUUUUGAAGUUUGCCGUAAAUGCGAUGCUGAAUCUCUAUAUCAAUGAUUUUAUUAUUGUUUUUAGGCUUGAAAUAGUCCUUGUGAUUCACUCUGGACAACACAGUGUUCGAGUUGUAUGCAGUGAAUUAACACACUUGGAGAAUUACACUCAGCCGCAUGCGCCAGGUAAAGUUAAUCCCAGGCCCUUCUCCUUACCAACUUGCCCUCGAUACCCCCAAUACCCUCGCUGAGAUCCGUUUAAUCAACAUUGUCCUACACAAACUCACUCCAAUCUAUUUUAGGAGUGGGUUCACCAAAAUGGAUCUUUUUUCUUUACGAAAAACUGGAGAGUUCUUGAUUAUAGUAUAACGUCCUUUUAAUUGCACUUUCUUCUUUAGGUGCUCUUCUUAAGGCUUGUUUUUGCCUCCUGGACAUUGUAACACUACCAUCUAGCGAACCAUUAAGUGCCCAGCUACAGAGAAAGUAUCAGGCAGGGUUUGAGCUUCACACUUGGUCGACCGCUCCUCAUGGCAGUGGCUUGGGAACGAGUAGCAUUUUAGCCGGAGCCAUUCUUGCCGCAUUGCUACGGGUUACAGACCGCACAGCUAGCUUGGACUCACUCAUUCACGCUGUGAUGAUCGUUGAACAAAUGUUGACCACUGGCGGUGGCUGGCAGGAUAACGCUGGUGGACUGGUACCAGGAUUUAAGAUGACUCGAUCCCAAGCCUCUUUGCCUCUGAAGGUUGAAGUGGAACCGCUGAAUUUAUCCCAAGCCACCGUGGAUGCAGUGACGAAACGAUUACUUUGCCUUUUCUCCGGAAAACCACGUCUUGCUAAAAAUUUGUUACAGGUAAUAAAGCAACGUUUCGUGUCAUAUGAAAGAGCUAUAAAAAACUGAGUUAAACUGAGUUAAACCAGAGCUAAUCAUACAGACAUGAGCAGUUAUUCGAAUAUUUGUUGUCUUUGUGCUAUUAGUCUAUUGCAAGGUUAAUUGUUACCAACUGCUAUCAUCCCCAGGACUCACCGGCCAUUGGCUACGGUGAGUCCUGGGACUCAUCUCAAGAAAAAUCCUAAACCCAAGUCCAAAACAAACGAGUGUUAGUCAAUAAAUUAAGAAGUCCCUUAAAGAUUAUUCAGCCCUCGUUGUCCUUGUUGGCCUUUUAUAGCUUUAAUAAUGGACACAUUACAAAGUUGAUUUUUAUGCUAUAUUAUUAAUAUGAAUGAAUGUGACAAAAUAGAGAAGAGAAGUCGUUACGUCACGUUGCCGUGGUAGUAAAAUUAUUUGGAUGACAACAAACCGAUAAAGUCACUUAAAAGUCUAUUCGCACUAUUUCAAACUUCACCGAUCUUAUUCAACUUCAUUUAAUUUGGUAAAAUUUUCUUAGGGGACCGUGUCUAUCGUUAUCUAAGUUUAAAACAAGAAAGCGACAACUUUUGUGUUUUGUUCACCUACUCCAUAGAGCGGGUUCGUGAAAUUAGGAAGUUUCCAGUGUCGUAGUGGUGCAACGACUGCAAAGAAAUUUACAAAAUAGCGUGAUGCACGUGCAAAGUUGUUGCUUGCUAAUAUAAACAUAUAUUUUUUGCCGUUCUCCUUGCCGUCGCCGUCGUCGUUGGUUUUGUUGUCAUCCAGAAAUAGAGCUACCAUGGUAACGUGACGUCGCGCUUUUCUCUAUUUUGGUGGUACGAUUUGUAGCCCACAAAACAACCUUAACUUAAACAAGUUACAUUGAAAGCGUUUCCCUGAAAAGCCUUUACAGUAUGACUGGGAAAACCGUGAACACUUGAAAUAUUUCAGGAAUGUUUAUUGUUGUGUUAUAACCAAUCACAGCAAAGAUCAGAACAUGGGAACUAGCCACCAAACCACAAACUAAUUAACGCUCUUUCUUGCGCCUUAGUUUUCUCACGCCUGAUUGGCUUUUUUCGUGCAACACAAUAACAUUCCAGGAAUAUUUCUGGUGUUCACGGUUUUCUCGGUUUGACUGUACAUGCCUCUUGAAAGCAAUGAAUGUAUAUUGGGCAAAUCGUUCUAUUGGCCAGAACCUCUUUAGAACCUCUAAUUUGAUAGGUUCUUGUUGGCCCGAAGCUCUAUUGUUUCAGAGUUGGGGUUCAUUGUUAAUUUUGUUUGAGUUAAGGCUAUCUAUUGUUUUCUAAACCAAUCCUGUGAGCCGUUCUUAGAGCUUUCGGCUCAUCCAAAUCGUUAGAGGGGAGUUCUGAGCGCAGCGGCAAGAACAAGAUCUUGCAUCAAGUGAUGAGGACAUUUUAACCUUUCAGAUUUUCUUCCAAAACACCUUCAUAAUACAUGACAAUAAAAGGCCCUUUGCAUACGAUUCCGGAUAUUUUUGAAACCGCAUACUCGAUCUUUUAUGGGAAUACGUCAACCUUCCGUCCACACAAAAUCAGUGAAUCCGCAAACCGAAACUGCAUAUUUUUGACACCGCUCUCCAGAAUAGAUUUUUUUUGUAUCCGACGGGUUUGGUGAAUUCGUGUGGACGACUGAAACAGCGGGGGAGGGGAGGGGGGGAGGUGAAUCCAAAUUGGAUACACCACACCGAAUUCGAGUAGACGCAAAUAUCAAGUAUUCGGUUUCAGAAUAUCCGGAUUCGUGUUUAGGUGGCCUAAGAAUGUGUACAUGAAUAGUAAUCGUUGGCGAUGUUUAAUCGUAACAAUUACGGAGGUUACGCAACGACAACGACAGCUUCAACGAGAACGGCAAAAAAGCAAUAAGUUGAGAUUGGCUUCUCUGUAUAUUUUACUUUGCCGUCACUGCUCGACUACGACGUGAAACUCCCUAAUUCCACCUUUUAUGGAGGACGUGAACACAAAACAACGAUAUUCUUUAUGCCGAUACCCUAAAAGUUAGUUCAGGAGCUCUCAUUGAACUCACGCUAUUGUUCCGCUACAGUACCACAGACAGAGAAGCCACUCGAGUGUUGGCAUUAUUUGGCCACUUGUCUGAGUGGCAGUUAAAUUGAUUAUAAAACAGACGCAUUAGUUCACAACAAUAAUACUAAAUAAUCUAUGUUAUUUUCAGCAAAGGUGGGGCAAGAAAUUCGCCCAAUGAAUGAACUAACUGAUAAACGCAUAGAAGAUCUCCCGACUCAUGGCAAAGUAGGAUGGGGGGGGGGGGAUUUUUCGCAGAGAUGUAAUCGCCGUGAUGGUGAAAACAAGAGGGGACGAACGCGGGAAUGCAUGCUCCUUUAUACGAACACUCCCUCAGGGCGAUAGAAAUGAUUGGCUCUUGAAAGAGAGGUUAGACUGAUGGGAGUCGGAAGACCAACCAUGUAGACCACAAAGGCAUAUUGUAUCGACAUAAAUAAUAUUAUGCCCUGACAUAAUGUUUGGUUUUUUGUUUUUGUAAACUUAGAUUCAGUCCUUUAGAAUUCAGCUCCUGAAAAAUCGCUAACAUUUGACAGAUUAAAAGAGUUGUUAAAGGAGUUGUUAAUAUCGGUGAAUUCACUGUAAACCCUAAUGAUUUCGCGUUUUUUAGGAUGUGGUCAGGAACUGGUACGCAAGGUUUCCACACAUCACUGAAAACGCUGACAACCUGAUAACAAACGCAGAGGAAGCCGUGGAAGCACUUAAGACAGGUAAAAUGAGGAUAAAUUUUAAGCCCCGUGAAAACGGACUCAACAAUGUUGACCAACAACUCCCAACAUUGCUGGAUGUUACAUGUUUCGUCCGUUUGCACAACCUGUUGCGUGUUGUUAGGAGUUUUGGCGCAAAGUUUGAAACCAGUCAAACUUUUGAGCAAACAACUCCCAAUGUUUCUUUUGUUCCGUGAUCGCGUAGCUCUACGAUGUUGGAUCGGUUUGCACAGCUCUUUCCAACAUUGUUGGGGCCACGAAAGCGCAUUUCACAUGGUUUACAAAGUCUUACGGGUUGUAUCCUUCCCACGAUGCACUGCAGAUUCCAACAUUAUGGGGAGCUGUUGCGUCCAUUUGCACACCACUGCCAACACGGACGCAACAACUUCCAACAUUGUUGGCCCAACAAUGUUGGGAGUUGUUGCGUCCGUUUACAUGGCGCCUUUAGUUCUCGAACUGCAAUAUUGGCCCGAUUAUACCAGCGUUGCUUGACAUCUUGUCACAUCUUAAGGUCGGUACACACUAGGCAACAAUAGCCCAUUUGCACGAUGACGUCAUUUUACUACUACGACCAGACUCCUUCAGGAUUUUGCUUUCUUGUGCAAAUUAGGGCUUUUGGUUUCGAAACCUCACUGGGAAUACCAAAUUAGAAUGUGAAAGGAAAAACGAAGAGGAUUCUGGUCGUAGUAGUAAAAUGACGCCAUCAUGCAAAAGGCGUAUUUACAGCAACACGUUGCGUCGACAAAUCGCAGCGACAAAUCUCUGUAGUGGAGAACUUUUCUGGAAAUCUUUGUCUCCGCAACAGAAUUUUGUCGCCGUAACAAGUCGCACAAAAUCAAAUCAGGCUGAAUUUGUGCAACGUUUUGCGUUGACAAAAUUCUGUUGCUGAGACAAAGAUUUCCCACAAAUUCUCCACUACACACGACGCGAUCUGUCCCUGCAACGUGUCGUGCAACUGGUUGCAACAACUUAUCGCCCGACCUGUACACAAGGAGUAAUUGGUCGCCUCGACGUGUUGCAGCGACAGAAUCGGCGUUAGAAUCUGUUUUUAGUUCUCGCGUUUUAUUGCAAAUCCGGAUCCGGAUUUCCCAAUUGAACACACUCUUAUUCAUCGUUUUUAAUUUUUCAGGAAUUGUUGAGAAGUUAGGCGCCUGUAUGAAUUGUUACCGUAAGCAGAAGUGUAUAAUGGCUCCCGGUGAGUAGCUUUCAAUAACUAUUCAUUCCCUUUCCAUCAUUAGAAGGGUUUAGAAUCAGGUGAGACUCAAGUUGACAAUAUCAAAAAUUAGGAAAUGAAAAACUGUCCAAAAUAUUUCUAAUGGAGGAAACUGGCUUGAAACUACUAAGUUGGUGUAGGUGUAAUGAACAGCAAGAGAUAAACAAAGGGAAAUGUUGGUCGCGUAUUACAAUGGACAUUUGUCGUUUGCCUAGUAUAAGCAAUUUCCGAGUAACCCAAAGCCUCUGCUUUGAAAUGAGUCUUAGUGCCUGUAUACAUGGAGGUGGGGGACCCAAUUGGGUGUGGUGACCUGCGUAGGUGGGGUGACCCGCCACAAGUUACCUCACCCAUCUAGGGCUCCCUCACCUCCAUGUAAACAGGCCCUAAUUGCGAAGCCAUUGAUAUAAAAUUGAGUUUUUAUUCUCAUGCAAAUAAUACUCGUUUUCAUAGUAAGAGUUUAACGAACUCGGAAAUGGCCAUUGCUUGUCUCCCGAAGGCUUAGGAAGGUCGAAGUGGCGGGGGGGUGGGGGGUUGCAAGCUGCAAAUGGCUUGUUCUUGUCUUCCUAUUGCAAUUUGGGGGGAAUUUUUUGACACAAACAGGUGUACUCUCAUAAUUCGGGCUUAAUUUACAAAAAACCUAGGAUACUGCCUCUGUAAAAACUGAAGCUUUUAGUAAUACACACAUUUCCCACAGGAACCGAACCUGAUGCAAUACGAGAUAUGAUGGAGGCGCUGGACCCUUUCGUAUUAGGUGAGACGUUGUUUGUUUUUUUACCCUGUUUACCAGGCUAGUUUUCGACUUUUUUUUUUCAUUAAGAGACAACGCCCUGAACCCAGUGGUGUACUCGUGAUUUCAAGUGACUGGGAUGAUAUAAUGGGGGCAAGAAUCAAAACGCGAAAACAUUCGUAGGGCUUCCAACGAAAACCCCAAAUUUCCCUGGAACAAAAAUUAACCCCCCAAUAAAUCCCUUAUAGAACUACGCAGCCGGGAUACGCGGGCACUACAACAUAUCCGCAGAUUGUUUUAAAUUACCCAAAAAAUCCCUCUUUAAAUCAAACCACCCCCAAAAAAUACUUGCUAAAUUUUUCUACCCCCCCCCCCCCCCCCCCCAAAAACACCCCGAACCGAACACUUCCAACCCACCAAAAAUCGUUCCAACAAUCCCGCCCCUCUCAAACCCGAAUAACGCCCCCCCGGGGUCUUUCUCGUAACAACCAUUUAUUAUUUUCUGCACAAACCUUUCCCAACUCCGCAGCCUGAAUACGCCGCAAAUACAACAAAUCCCCAGAUUGUUUAAAAUUACCCAAAAAAUCCCUCUUUAAAACAAACCACCCCCAAAACAUACUUCCUAAAUUUUUCUACCCCCCCCCUCCCCCCCCAAAAAAAGUCCCGGAAUCGAAGAUUUCCAACCCAGAAAAAUUCGUUCGAUGAUUCCCGUCACUUGAAAUCCGGAAUACCGCCCCCUGGUGGUUUUUCUGACAAUAGCUUUGUAAUUGUUUCAGGACAAACCUUGACCGGAGCUGGAGGGGGAGGCUUUCUGGUUCUUAUUACUAAAGAACCUAACAUGGCUGAUAAAAUACGAGCUGUGAUCGAGGAGAAAAAGGUACUAGCGCCUGAAUGUCACAUUCCAUCGAUACAAGCAAAAAAUAAUCAACAAAAGGGGAAAUUGCUAACAUCAAACAGCAGUGUUUUUCUAUUGCUGACAACAUUCAGCGUGUUAAUCACUAACUAAAACAAAAGCCUUUGUCAAAGUUUCCCGAAAACUAUAAUUCAGGUGAUGAUAGAGUUAAGUUUUAUAACCAGAGACACUGUGAAACAACGACAACAAAAGCAACGCGGCUAGAUUUUGCCGGGGUAAUAGGUGAUGGAGUAUGUGGUUGAGGCUCUUCACCUAGGCUAAACUGUUUACAGUCCUCUAUUUUUCCAUAAGAUCGUCGAGAUCAAAAUUGCGUUACGGUCGGCCAUCUUGGAUUAGUGUCAAAUUCACUUAAGGUGCAUUGAAACGGGCAACAAAGAACGUGCAACUUGUUUUGCAACGUUCCUGCAAACGAGUUGAAUAGCGAUGUUGCGCGGUUUAUCACCACGAAAAAAUUGCUUGCAACCAUAUUUGUUGCAAGACAGGUUCGAACAUGGGUGGUGAAACCCCGGGGGGGGGGGGGGGGGAACCCCCUAUAAAAAGGGGGUGGGGAUCCUUUGGGCCCCGUUGGGGGUUAAAAUUUGGGGUUUUUGGUCGCUCUGGGGGUGUUUGGGGAAAACCCCCAUAUUUUUUGCCUGUGAGGGUCCCUUUGGGGGUGCAGGGCAAAAAAUUGUUGUGUGUUUAAACUGGUCUUUUUAGCGCUUGUUGUGAUAUGGACAGAACAAUUAAGUGGGGUCAGAAAGGGGGACAAAAAAGAGGGCGUUUUUUUUUUGACACUCGCCGAGAAGAGGGUGAAAAGGGGUAGUGGGCGUUUUUACACCCAAAAAAAAAUUUGCGGCCACCAUUGGUGUGGGAAGGGGGGGCGAAAGGGGGGGGGGGACCCCGGGGGGGGGGGGGGGGGGCGGAAUCCCCAUAUGAAAGGGCUGUGGAUGCUCUUGGUCUCGCUUAGGGGUAUAAAUUUCGGAUUUUGGUCUGACUUAGGGUGUUCUGGGCAAAACGCCAUCAUAUUUAGCCGUGAAGGUCUCGUUUAGGGUUGCAUGCGAAAAAUAUGUCUGUGUUUUAACAUGGUCUCUUUUAGGGGUCAAAAAAAGCUUGGGCCCCGCCCAGGUGGGUCUCCUUUAGGGUUUAAUUCAAAAUUUCCGACGAGCAUUCCCACCCCUUUCAUAUGCGGAGUCCAGACAAUCGUUUCGUUUCCGUUUCAAACAUGAAACUCUUUGUAGUAACCUAUAAAGAAUUGAGUAAAUUUACAUGGCAUUAAUGAUAUAUUAAACUUUGAACACUGCAAAUCAUUGUGGAGAUAAAAUGCUAGCUUUUGAGUGUUUAGCUUAGCUUUUGCAAGUCUGUCUUGGUUUGACAGCGGUUGCAGGGUUCGUUUUUUCACACACAGGGCAAGCUGUUCCCUUAAGAAAGCGAUUCCCACAGUUUUAUUUUUAGAUGACUUUCCAAAGUCUCACUUUUAGAACUAAGUUCUUCAUAAUUUUGCGGUUUCAGGCUUCGGAUGAGUUCAUUUUUUACGAUGUCAGCGUGGACUGGGACGGACUGACUGUGAGAGUAGAAGAACCGUCGCAAUGAGUCAUGGACCUUCUUGUAACCGCCACAGAGUCGUGAAACUCUGGUCAGGGAAAAGUCAGGGAAUUUCACUUCGAUUCAGGGAAAAUUUAAGUCUUUGAAAGAAGUCAGGGAAAAGUAAAAUUAAAAAAAAAGUGUUCAUUUACACGUUUCACGGACAUGAAUCACGUUGUAUUCAUUUGGUAGAAUAUGAAAUUGAACAACAAGCUUAUGUUGGGUUUUCAAAAAA